AUGGGUCAUCAUCCCCGAGCCAAUAGGCCCAAGAGGGACGAAUUGCAUCGAGGAGUGCAUACUAGACAAUUAUUCGAUGGUCGUCCUAGAGAACCCGGCCUCGCCUCAGGUGUUGAGGCUAAGAUUGCUCCCCCAAAUCCUCCUAACAAUGAUUUUGUUCAGAACUGGCUAGUUCAGACUCAAAGGCGGCCUGACUGGGAAUCCGUUGCAAAGGUCCAACCGGGAGAGAGGCUGCCCUGGCGACCGCAUAACCUCGGUGGUGUUAAUCUCGAUAUGCCUCCCCCACCGGCCCCCGGGCUCCUUAAGCGUCGCCGCGCAAUGUCCUUUGACAGCUCCUUCAUCCCAGAGAACCACAAGAGGCCCCAGAGACAUGAUUUAACCCCGAACCUCCCACCUGCGUUAGCACCAUCGCAAAAUUCCGACAUCAGCCCCGAUAUGAAGGAGGGCUCACCCAAUAGACCUUUGGGAUCAGUGGGCUCUUCUCCACGUCCCAAGCAGUCUUUCGAUAGACGACCUCGACACAAGACAAGGGAAGAUCGGUACGAGAUUAAAAAGAAUAAAAGAGGGAGAAGGAACUCGGGCGGAGCAGACAAAACAGGAAAGUCCCAGGGUGCAAAAAGAACCAAACGUUCAGACAAGAAGACCCUCGUUUCGAGCCGUGAGGUAAUGUCUGCCUUCACCUCGGACGCCAUACUUACCCACGACCGCUUGACAGUAAAACCGACGCUCGCUAUUGGGCUGUACGGGAAUGCUCGUGCUGCUGUCCCCAAUUACUACUACAGUGGAAAUCCCCCACCAUCCGAACACCACGAUCGUUCCCAGGACAGUCUCAGUCCCCAAGUCAUGAGACGAGCACUACUGGAGACUGGGGUUUUUGACGACUUUGAGAACAGCAGUAGCUCACUACCGCGAUAUACCAUCCCGCAUUACAUGCCACAUGCGCAUAGCUACCAUAUCAACCAACAAGCUACCGUGACUCUUGGUGCACUGGGCGAUUCGCCUAAGCCUCAAUGUGAGGGCAAAAACACCAUGGUCACACCAAGUGUUGAGAAUUUGCCCAACAUGUCGACGCCCGCGAAAAAUGGCGACGCUGGUCCUUUACAACGCCAGCACAUUGGGGGUAAUCUUGAGGCUAUUGAUAACAUCUUGAGUCUACAAAGCCAGGCGUCAGGAGUACACCCAGAAGCUACAAACCCCAGAAAAGUAGAUCAGACGGCCCAACCCACUACUGUUGCUGGAGAACGCAUGCCGGCGAUGACCGCCAAUCCCGACAGCAUCAUGUACAGAGCUUUCCCCAGGAAAUGUGCGGUCAUCAGAAUGGCUGCUCUCAUUGCCUGGAAGUCCGGUAUGCACCAAGCUUCUGUGUCCAUAGGCCAAGGCCGACUUUGGUCCGCGUACCUCCACAGCACGCCCAAAAGCGCCUUCUCCAGCAAGAGAGCAGGCAGUCGUAUCUUGCCACGAGAGGUGGCGUAG